UUUGGUAGUAAUAAAUACAUAUUCCAUGUUUUUAUAUCCAAUUACGUACAUAUCUAAAAAACAAAUGACUCCGUUGUUUAAGCUAGAAAAAGGACAAAAAUAUACUAUAUUUUAGAUAUGAAAAUUAUUGUACUACUUUCAAUACUAUGAACAUUUUGUUAAAUAACAUCGUUUCAAAUUCAUUUUUCUAAUUUAUUAAUGAACAUGGAUGUUCAUGGGUGCAAUUGCAAAAAUGUAACAAUUACAGAAGGAAUAUUUGGAGAAAUCUGGGUCGAUAAUGAUGAAAAUCAAGUGUUUACUGACUCUAUACCAAAAAUAGUAAAAUCAUAUACUAUUAGAAAUGCUAAUCGCAUGGAAGUUAUCAUUAUUACUUGGGGUGCUACAAUUGUAUCGUUGAAGUGUCCAGAUAAGUAUGGACACUCUGCUGACGUCGUUAUUGGAUUUGAUGAUUUAAAAGAGUACAUGAAUCCUAUAACGAAUCCAUUUAUUGGAUGUAUACUAGGAAGAUGUGCAAAUCGAAUAAAAGAUGGACAUAUUACUAUUAGAGGUAGAGAUUAUCAGUUAACAAAAAAUGAUUUCAAUGGAAAACAUCAUUUACAUGGAGGGACAAAUGGAUUUGGUCGUAAGGUUUGGGACUCAUAUAUUGCUGGAUGUUCAGUUGUCAUGAGCUAUUUAAGCCCAGAUGGAGAGGAAGGCUAUCCAGGUGCAGUGUUAACUACAAUAAGAUUUAAAUUAACUACAGAUAACAAGUUGGACAUAUGUAUGAGGGCAACAACAUCUAAGCCAACAAUAAUAAAUUUAUCACAUGGUUCAAUGUUUAAUCUAGCUGGGCAUGAUGCAGGAGAAGUAGAAUUAAAAAAACAUAAAAUAUUAUUCAAUUGUGAUCGAUGGACAUUUUCGGAUUAUACAGAUCCUGUUCCAACAGGUGCAAUACAUGGGGUAGGUGGAACUUCGAUGGAUUUCAGAAUUCCAAGAAUUUUGGGACAAUACAUGGAAAAGGUACCGCCGGGGGAAGGUUACGAUCACAAUCUUUGUAUUACAAGAAAUGGACAAUCUGGAAGUUUGUUUGUUGCAAAGGCAUGGCAUGUGAAAAGUGGACGUACCUUAGAAGUCUACUCUGAUCAAUGUGGUGUACAGUUUUAUACCGGAGGUCGUAUACCACCCAGUAUACCAGAGAUUUCAUUUAUUUCUGAUUCGUUCGAAGAAGAAGAAAAUGGUGGAGAUUUUGAAAAUGGAAACGAAGAAGGAAUAUGUUCUGAAAAAUCGUGGACAAAAAUUACUGCGCCGAAAAAAUUAAAAUUUAUUUUAGGAAAACGAGGAGUCCACUAUAAAAAAUAUUGUGGUUUUACUAUUCAACCACAAAAUUAUCCUAAUGCAAUACAUUAUUCACAUUUUCCAUGUUGCAUAUUGUAUCCUGGACAAGUUUAUUGUCACGACUUAAUAUACAAGUUUAAUGUACAACUUGCAAAUUUUAUGUAGUAAAUUUGUAUAUUAUAAUAUAAAUCGUAAUAUUUUA